UUCUGUUUCCUAUUUUGUAUCUUACUUAAACGUGAUAAGUUCUCCAAUAAAAAAAUAGCUAUUUGUUACGUCACGUAUUUAGACCUGUCUGCUCGUGCCGUCGAAGCCACUACAGUUGAACUCGUAUGACAUUAGAAGUUCUCUGUAAAGUGUAGUAUAAUAUUAUUUAUGAAGAAAAUUGCUACUGAGGAGUGGAAAGACAACACUCGGUGAUAACGAUCCACACACGCCACUGACAACUACAUUGUAAUUCUACGUUAACAGCUGUUUCUUAGUGUAUUGUCAGAUAUGCGUGUACACGACUGGCAACCAUUCAUAUAUGGAGGAAUAUGUUCUGCAGUUGCUGAAUUCGGAACGUUUCCUAUUGACACUACAAAAACUCGGCUGCAAAUACAAGGGCAAGUGAACGACGUUCACCACAGGCAGUUAAGGUACAAAGGUAUGUUUCAUGCCUUGGUACGAAUUUCAAAGGAGGAGGGUCUGCAGGCUCUUUAUUCAGGAAUCGGUCCAGCAAUUCUGAGGCAAACUACAUACGGUACUGCUAAGAUAGGCAUCUAUUACUCUCUAAAGAAUGCACUAACGAGAGAUCCACAUGAUGAGACACUGGUGAAGAACAUGAUAUGUGGUAUAUUUGCUGGAGUGGUCUCAUCAUCUCUUGCUAAUCCUACUGAUGUCUUGAAGGUACGAAUGCAGGCCCACCAUCAGUAUUACAAACAGAAAGGAAUGUUUAGGUGUUUCUUGGACAUGUACAACAGUGAGGGAAUACGAGGCUUAUGGAGAGGUGUAGGCCCAACAGCCCAACGUGCAGCUAUUGUUGUUGGAGUUGAACUUCCUGUUUAUGACAUGACAAAGAAAAACCUCAUUCUUUCAACAUUGUUAGAUGAUAAUGUCUACACCCAUUUUAUCUCAAGUUUUAUUGCUGGUAUGUCUGGUGCUAUAGCUUCUACACCCAUUGAUGUCAUUAGAACUCGACUAAUGAACCAACAACGUUUAAAAGCAGCAGUUAUCAGUGGUUCUAAAGCUGAGGUUAUAUACACUAGUUCCAUUCAAUGUGCUGUUCAUACUAUCCAAACAGAAGGGUUUCUUGCUUUGUACAAAGGCUUUGUGCCCACUUGGUUCCGUUUGGGCCCCUGGAACAUAAUUUUUUUUCUUGCCUAUGAGCAGCUGAAACUUAUCUAUUGAUGGAGCCAAACUUUGUCAAAGAAGGUCUGAUAAAUGAAGCUGUGAUUGCACUGUUCAAACAUUUCUUGAAAUUUCUACAUGUGAUAUGAUUGUUGUGCUUCUACUAAGAUCUGAUGAACAUUACAACAGUCGUAUAAGUUGUGGGGUCUUGCUUUUAACAUUUUUAAGGAUUAUUCCUGUUGUUCUAAAGUUUGGGUAGAGAAUUAUCUUUGUACAUUCUCAUCAUUUUUGGCACACACUGUUGUUCUGAUGAUGUUAAGAAAUAGUUCCAAAAGUGCUUUCUACAAGAAACUUGCAAGAUGAUCAAGGGAUUACCAGAAUGUAAGAAAUAUUUUCUUAAAGAAGUUUGAAAUAUCAGUGAUGAAACAUGAUACUGAAAUCUGGACAUAUGGUAUUUAACAAGUACAUAUAUAUAUAUUUUAUAAGAGAUUUUAAUGGAGUUCUUUGUUGUACAUUUCUGUAUUGU